AUUGAACGAAAAACAAAGAAUCGAAGUCAAAAAAUCUCAAAUGAAAAAGAAGAAAAGAAAAAUUCUAUCGUAAUUAAUUACAAUAUUAAUAACGAACAAUUGAAAGAAGGAAAAUAUUCACAAAUAAUAUUAAAGAAUGUUGUAAUAGAAAAUAUUAGUCUUUUAAAACAACGAGUAGAAUUUAAAUCUAUCGAUUUUACUACAUAA